GAGAGCUCAUCAUGUUCGAACAGCGACACGGGCCACGAACGCUGUCGAUUUGCAACCUCUUCGGCGUGAUAUUUCUUCUACUGAUCGUCGCUGGUAGCUACGACGUGUCAGCGGAUUUCAACUCCGAGUUUGUCAAAGGGAAAAUUUGCAUUGGAACCAAUGGCCGCCUCUCCGUUCCGUCCAACAAACAGCAUCACUACCGGAAUCUUCGAGACCGGUACACCAACUGUACUUAUGUCGACGGCAACCUGGAGAUCACGUGGCUCCAGAACGAGACAUUCGACCUCAGCUUCCUCCAGUAUAUACGGGAGGUCACCGGUUACGUGCUCAUCAGCCACGUGGACGUUAAAAAGAUCGUUCUGCCGCGAUUGCAGAUCAUACGUGGCAGGACACUUUUUAAGCUCAAUAUCCAUGACGCCGAGUUCGCCCUGUUCGUCACAAUGUGUCAGAUGCAGAACUUGGAGAUGCCGGCCCUCAGAGAUAUCCUUAACGGCAGCGUGGGCAUGUACAACAACUACAACCUGUGCCACAUCCGCACGAUCAACUGGGACGAAAUAAUCACCAGCCAGGGAGGGACGUACUUCUACGUGUACAAUUUCACGUCGCCGGAGCGAGCCUGUCCGGCGUGCGAUAAGAGCUGCGAGCAAGGCUGCUGGGGUGAGGGGCCUGAGAACUGUCAGAAGUACUCGAAGACGAACUGUUCGCCUCAGUGCUGGCAGGGCAGGUGCUUCGGGCCGAAUCCGCGCGAGUGUUGCCAUCUUUUUUGCGCCGGUGGAUGCACAGGACCGAAACAGAGCGACUGCAUCGCCUGCAAGAACUUCUUCGACGAUGGUGUNNCACGUAAGGAUUACGACGAUCGUUUCAGGUACAAUCCUACGACGUACUCGUGGGAGGCUAAUCCUGACGGGAAGUACGCGUAUGGUGCAACCUGCGUGAGAAGGUGUCCCGAGCACCUUCUGAAAGACAACGGGGCUUGCGUCAGAUCCUGCCCUCCAAAGAAGAAAGCGUUACACGGGGAAUGCGUGCCUUGCGACGGUCCGUGCCCGAAAACUUGCAAGGGAGUGGAGAAGGUGCAUUCCGGGAACAUCGACAGUUUCAAGGAUUGCACGAUCAUCGAGGGCUCGAUCACGAUCCUGGAUCAGAGCUUCCAAGGCUACCAGCACGUCUUUCCCAACUUCAGUUUCGGCAAACGAUACGAGAAGAUGCAUCCCGACAAGUUGGAAGUUUUCAGCACGUUGAAGGAGAUCACCGGAUUUUUGAACAUUCAAGGCGACCAUAAGGAUUUCAAGAACUUGUCGUACUUCCGGAACCUGGAGAUGAUUGGCGGAAGAACGUUGACAGAGUACUUCGCUUCGUUGUACAUUGUUAAAACUUCGUUGGUCUCCUUUGGACUUAGCUCUUUGAAGAAAAUUUACUCCGGCUCGGUAGCCAUUUUGGAGAACAAGAAUUUGUGCUACGCGCAGAGUAUCAAUUGGACAAGGAUCAAGAAGUCGUCGGAGCACGAGAGCUUGUUGUCGAAUAAUCGGAACGAGAGUGAAUGCAUCAAAGAUGGCUUGGUCUGCGACGAGCAGUGUUCCGACGAGGGUUGUUGGGGGCCCGGUCCGGCGCAAUGUCUAUCCUGCAAGAACUUCAUUCUGGGAAACGAUUGCCUUCAAGACUGCACUGCACCAGGUAACCGUUUCGUGUCCUAUUCCUCUAGAAUUUAUCAAGCGGACGAAAAGACCUGCAAGUUGUGCCACGAGGAGUGUGACGGUUCUUGCACAGGACCGAACGCGGAGUAUUGCACGAAAUGCAAACACGCGCGAGACGGUCCAUUCUGCGUGCCAGAGUGUCCUUCCUCGAAGUAUAACGACAACGGUCAGUGCAAAGACUGUCACGAGAACUGCGUGGGUGGCUGCGAGGGACCUGAAAACAACAUAGGCUCUAAUGGAUGCCACAGUUGCGAUAAGGCGAUCAUGAACGGCCAUGUACCUGAAGGAUGUCUGCAAAAAAGGGAAUCCUGUCCCGACGGCCACUACUACGAAUGGGUGAGUCCUCAAGAGCAAGGAGCGCUGAAGCCUCUGGCAGGAAAGGCAGUUUGUCGCAAGUGUCACCCCCGUUGCAAGAAAUGCACGGGAUACGGUUUCCACGAGCAUGUGUGCCAAGAGUGUACGAAGUACAAGAAGGGCGAACAAUGCGAAGACGAGUGUCCCGCGGAUAAUUUCGCGGACGCUGAUACUCAGCUUUGCAUACCGUGCUUCAGCGAGUGUCGAGGGUGCUCCGGACCGGGCCCGAAUCAAUGUUACAAAUGUCGGAACUUCAAGAUCUACAUUGUACAUAUAGACGGAAACACCACAGCCUUCAACUGCACAGAGAUAUGUCCUCCUGAAUACCCGCACAAGAUCUUCCCUCCGGACAACGAACCGUACUGUUCCCUGAAAACUGUCGCUCCUGGACCGAUAAAAAACGAACUUCAGCCAGCCAUCUUAGCGGGUGUUGCAGUAUUCGCUUUAGCUUUUCUCGUGGUAGCAGCUGUGAUCAUGUACUUCUGGCGAGUGAGAGCAAAGGCUAAGGAGAACACUGUGAAGAUGACAAUGGCGCUGACUGGUUUGGACGACAACGAACCUCUUCGGCCGACGGGAGUGAAGCCAAAUCUAGCGAAAUUACGGAUCAUCAAGGAAGAGGAGAUGAGAAAAGGUGGAAUUCUAGGGUACGGCGCAUUCGGAAACGUCUACAAGGGUGUCUGGGUGCCGGAAGGGGAGAAUGUAAAGAUACCAGUGGCCAUAAAGGUGCUUCACGAUGGGACAGGAGCAAACACCUCGAAGGAAUUUCUCGACGAGGCGUACAUCAUGGCCAGCGUGGAACAUCCGAACUUGCUUCAGUUGCUGGCUGUUUGCAUGACGUCUCAGAUGAUGCUCGUGACCCAACUGAUGCCUUUAGGCUGUCUACUCGAUUUUGUACGUAGAUAUAAAGAUAAAAUUGGUUCGAAGGCUCUGUUGAAUUGGUGCACACAAAUCGCCAGAGGGAUGGCCUAUCUGGAGGAGAGAAGGUUGGUUCAUCGUGAUCUCGCAGCUCGAAACGUUCUCGUGCAAACGCCUAACUGCGUCAAGAUCACCGACUUUGGUUUAGCUAAGCUCUUGGACAUCAACGAGGAACAGUACAAAGCUGCCGGUGGCAAAAUGCCCAUCAAAUGGCUGGCUCUAGAGUGCAUUCAGCAUCGAGUGUUCACUCAUAAGUCAGACGUCUGGGCCUUCGGUGUUACUAUCUGGGAGGUCCUCACCUAUGGCGGCAGACCGUAUGAGAAUGUUCCUGCUCGAAACGUGCCAGAAUUGUUGGAGAAAGGUGAAAGACUGCCUCAACCGGCAAUCUGUACUAUCGACGUGUAUAUGAUCAUGAUCAAGUGUUGGAUGUUGGACGCAGAGUCGAGGCCGAGCUUUAAGGAGCUGGCCGAAGACUUCGCGAAGAUGUCUAGAGAUCCUGGCCGAUAUCUUGCUAUCAAGGGCGACAAAUACAUGAGGCUACCUUCGUAUACACUGCAGGACGAAAAGGAGAUGAUACGGAAUCUUGCAUCCGCCAUGGACGGUCCCGAGGCUUUGGUAGACGCUGACGAGUAUCUUCAGCCGAAAUCCAGAGCCCCGAUUCCACCAGGACUUUCAGCAUCCAGUACUUCCGGUUCACCUCCAAACACGCCCGUGAAAGCUUGCUGGCCAAACGGAAAACCGCUGGCUGCUGACUCUCCUACCCCUCAGAAUCAGCAAAACUGGGACAGGGAGUUGUUGAGGUACGGCGCGAAUCACAGAAACGGGAAUGCUUCACACGAGCCAGGAAAUUCCGGUCAACAUCCGCAUUACGCACCACCGAAUGGUCAUUGCGGACACGUCGUAGGAUCGGACAAUUCCAGUUCGAGAUACUGCUCGGAUCCAUUAAAGAUGAUCGGCGUCAGAGAUUGCGAUGUGACAGACGAUUGUUUCGACGGCGAAGUGAACUCCGCGCAUCAGCAGGCUCAAGUAGGUAACCUGAAGCUCGAUUUGCCAUUAGACGAGGACGAUUAUUUGAUGCCAUCGCCUCAAUUGCCAACGAACACGACGCAGUACAUGGAUCUCAUAGGCGACUCGAAACCUACGGAAAUGGAACCAAAGCGAGUGAACAACGGUUACCGGAAGUACCCCGAGUUCCUGACGAUCCAAGGGAAAACAUCGCUGGACAAUCCCGAGUACAUAAUGUCACAGGACGAGGGGCCGUUAACACCGCAAACUUUAGGUAUUCCAACGCCCGAUCUGGAGAAGGUAUUAACGAACGGUACGUUCGGGUCUCAGGUGAGACAAAGGAGCUCCGAGGAGGAAUCUGAUCACGAGUACUACAACGAUUUCGACCGACUGGAACGGGAAUUGCAACCGCUGAAACCCCUUAGGAAGAACGAAACGACCGUGUGAUUUCGAAUAUUCCUUGAACGACGUUCAAUCAAAGGACUGUUCUCAUUGUCGUUCCAAUCCGGAACUGUAAAACGCCGGUGUCGUUCGAUACGCACCUGUUAAGCGGAACGGGUGAAAGCACGAGCAUGAAAUUGGAAUAAACGCGAACGACAAUCGGCGUCCUCGGGUAUAGAGAUACUCGAGGAAUACUUCACAGUGUACUUAGAAAGGACACUUCGCUGAAAAGUGCCGUGUUUGAUUGUGAUUAGACGUAAGACGCGUGAAACUGUGCUAAUUUCGCAAGCGGAAUCGACUGGUCGCGGCGACGAAGGUGGAGAAACUUCGUUGCGCGCACGCGCGCGCGCGUACGACGAACAAGUAGU